AUCCAACUUAGGGUUAUCCCUUGAUUUUCCUAGGGUUAUCCAUAUAAAAUAGUACUACUGUUUUAUAUUUGUAAUGUACUUCUUUAGUGAACAAUAAAGCAUUUAUUUAGUUAUUUUUCCCGGAAUUCUGAAGAAUCCUUGAAACGUUGAUAAAAAUACUGCUAAGGUAAGUACUGCUGCUUAUUUAAUAUUACAAUAACGGAGACACUAAACAUAUAGACCGGUGAAACAAAAUGGGUUGUAAAAUAUCAUACACGAAAUAUACUUAACAGUUUUUACAGGGCUGCGAGUAUAAAGUUAUAGGAUCUCUUAUAACAUCAAAAUCUGUUGAAUUGAAUCAAUUUGAUACAAACCUUAUACUAUGAACAUGUGUGACAAUGAAUCAACGUAUACGAUGUACGACAGCGAGAGUGGCGUGCAAACGUGCGUAUAUUUACCACCCAAGGAGGGUUUAGGGAGACAACGGGAGGACGCCCCUCCCCCGGCGCGGCUUCCCGUCCGAUCGAACCGCAAGCAAACCGGGGGCGUAGUAACCCUGCGACAUUCGGGAAGUGCUGUCUCAAAAUAGACUAAAAUGGAGCUGAAAGGAAAGGUGGCCCUCAUCACGGGGGCAUCAGCCGGCAUCGGACUCGCGUACAGCGAAGAAUUACUGAAACAAGGAGCUAAAGUUUCCCUUUGCGAUAUAGACUCGGAGGUUGGGGAACAGGUGUCCGAUGAGUUGGGUGCCAAAUAUGGCCGUAAAAACGUGUUGUUCUGCCAGUGCGACGUCACCGACUACCCGCAAUAUGAAGAGGCGUUCGAGAUGACAAUGAAGGUGUUCAACCGGCUGGACAUCGUGAUCAACAACGCUGGAGUCAUGAACGACCGUUUCUGGGAGCUCGAGGUGGACGUUAAUUUGAACGGCGUGAUCCGCGGUACCCUCUUAGCGUACCGGUACAUGGGCAAAGACCGCGGCGGCCAGGGCGGCACCAUCGUGAACACCGCGUCCACCGCCUUCGCCAGACCUCAGGUCUCCACGCCCAUCUACACGGCCACCAACUACGCUGUGGUCGGGCUCACCAGGGCUUAUGGUGAUCAAUACCACGUGAAUCUGACCGGAGUAAGGAGUCUGGUGCUGUGUCCAGGGUUGACUGACACGGGCCUGGUCAAGGAGAUCCGCAAGCAGCUCAUGUCUUCAGAGUAUGAAGCGGCCUGGCAGAGAGAUAACGUCAACAGCAAGACCCAAAGUACGGAACACGUGGCCCGAGCGCUCGUGGAGAUCCUGACCAAGGGUCAGAGCGGGUCGGUGUGGAUCGUUGAGAACGGGCAGCCGGUCCGCGAGUGGCGCGGCUAGCUAGCACAAUCUAGCCAGCGUUAAUGCUGAUUUACAAUGAUACAGUAGCUUGUGUUGGACACUGUACUGGAAUUGGCAUAUUCUGGGAAAUUCAGAAAUUUGAUAAC